AUGAACUCUUCGUCUUUCGUCUCAUCGACUGAGCCUACUGUACUGUUUGAAGAGGAAUUCGACGGUGUCCCAUUGCUUAGACACUCUUAUCAACUCACUGUUCUGUAUACUGUAGCCUAUGGAGCCGUAUUCUUCACCGGCGUUCUGGGAAACACGUUUGUCGUGUUGGCAGUGUGGGCUCAUAAGAAUCUCAACAUCACCACUGACUAUUUGAUUCUUUCGUUGGCUCUGGCGGAUUUGUUCAUUCUGUGGAUUUGUCUUCCGACAACUCUGAUCAACAGUAUAUUCACAGAAUGGCUUUGGGGUCAAUUCUUCUGUCGUCUAUCCACGUGGGCGAAUGCAUCAACAUCAUUCGCUUCUGUCUACACUUUGGUCGCAGUAACAGCUGAUCGAUAUCUGGCAAUCUGUCAUACUCUGAAAUACAAUACUAGCUGGGAUCGAGAGUACACAAAAUACGUCAUUUUCACUGUCUGGUUUGUGGCUGCCAUCUUCGGAAUCCCCAAUUGGUAUAACUAUGAUUUGAUAGUAUGGCAGGAGGGUAACUACGGCUAUCGGUUAUGCACAUCACAAACAGAUCAAAAAUUAUACUUCCUUUUUGUGAAUCUCCUUCUGGCUUUCAUUGUUCCGUUCGGAUUAAUAUCGGGUCUCUACACGAAAAUCUUUAUUACCGUAUCCACUCAUAGAAGUUUAGCUGUUGAUGCAAGGGCGCGAGAAGACCGAGUAAAGCUCCGGGUAGCUACAAUGAUGCUCACUGUCAUCAUUGUGUUCGCUUGUUGUUGGCUUCCUCUCUACUGUAUUUUCACCUACUUUUUCUUUUUUGCCGAUCAGAGAUCCGAAGUGUUUCGUAUCACUUCUAUGCUGAUCCGCCCAAUUUUUCAAUGGAUGUCCCUAUUAUCUAGCUCGCUGAAUCCCAUAAUUUAUAUUGCCUACAGUCAUAAAUAUAGAAGAGCUUUCAAAAGUAUACUUUUGAUGCCAUGCAAAACGAGAUAUGAACGGGUCCGGAGCACGAUUCUUCGACGGCACUCUAGAGGUGGCAAAUCCACGGCGACAAUUUCAAUGUCAAAUUUUGGAGCAGAGCCAACGAAUCUGUGUGGAGCAUCUAGUUUGCUAAUUGAGCCAGAUGGAAAACAAGUAGAACGAUCUGUGUCUGAUUGCUAA